AUCAUACCUCCUCGAACCAUCCAACGGUUAACAACAGCAAUGGCCAAGUUGAUAGUCGCCCUCGCUUUGAUCGGCUGCGUGGCCGCCGAGCCUCCGGUCGGGUACAGCUACUCCGCUCCUUCGUCCAUCGUCAUCGGAGGACACUCUUCCCUCAGCAGCGGGGGACACUACACCCCGGUGCCUGUCGGACACCAGGAAACCGAGGGCUACAGUGUAGACCCCCAUCUGCUCGAGAAGAUCAAGACCAUCAUCCUUAAGGACGAGAUCCAGAACCAGGCCUACCAAUCCGUCUCUUCUUCCCAUGGUCACGGACACGGCGUCUCUUCCCACUACGGCCCCCCCGCUCCUGUCUACGGCGUACCCCACGACAGAAUCGUCGGCAUCGAACUGGAGCAUCUCCAGCAAGCCAUCCAGGUCGCCCAGUAUCACCAGGCUGAAGAAGGCUACGCUGGUGGCUAUGCCGGUGGUUACUCUGGCUACUCUGGCAUCUCUGGUUACUCCAGCGGCGGUCAUGGUGGUUACUCCGGCGGCGGUCACUCCUACUCUUCACCCUCCAUCAGCUACAGCACCAUCGGAGUCCCCUCAGGAUCAUACGGAGUCCCAUCCCCAUCAUCGUCCUACGGCGCUCCCCAUCAUUAAACGAACUCAGUCAUAGUCAUAUCUUAUCAUUACAUAACAAUUUAUGUAAUGAAACAUCAUGUGAUCGCAUCUUAGAGUAAUAUGUAUUAUAUUAAUAUAAGUUUCUGUAA